UGCUUGAAGCUGUCAGUAUGGACAGACUGCAGCGCUUUCCCUACUGUGCUCUCUGAAGGCUGGUUUAACUCAAAGCGCUCUACACCUGAAAGUAUAGCCAUGCCCUUAGUUUGCCACUUGACUUCAGUGGAAGCAAGACCAACUCUUAUUUUGUAAGGAUGAAUGAACUAGUGUCAUCUGCAAAUUUUAUCAUCAGUACUUUUAUAUUUACCUCAUGAUCAUUGAUGGAAAUGUGAACAGCAUCAGAUGUAGUACCAGUUCCUGCAGAACCCCAUUAGAAACACUCCUAUUCAGUGAUGAUUCCCCAAUAAUGCUACAUUUUGAGAUCUGUGAGUUAGCCAGUUCUUAAUCCCUUUAAUAUUUGCUUUAUUGAUUUAGUAUGGUGCUAAUAUUUUAAUCAGAAUAUGGUGCUGUACUAAGUCAAACAUCUUACAAAAGUCCAAGUAUAUUACAUCUACACAGUUACCUUUAUCAAAUAAACUUGUAAUUUCAGUGAAUGAAGUCAGGUUUGUUUGACAAAAACUAUUUUCCAUAAACCAUGUUGAUUGACAUUAAGUAUAUUCCCAUCCUUUAAUUCUUUAUCAAUUUAAAUCCUACAUAAGCUUUUUAGUUAUUUUGUCACGGAGUGAUGUCAGACUAAUGAGACUAUAGUUACCGAGGUCAUUCCACUUGCCCUUUUUGAAUAUUGACACAACAUUAGCACUCUUUCAGUCUUCUGGAAUUUUCCCAGUAUUCCAAGAUUUAUUAAAAAUUAACAUCAGCAGGCCAGAGAUUUCCUCAGCCCAUUCUUUUAGGAGUCGUAGGUGCAUGUUUUCCUGACCUGCUGAUUUAAAAAUGUUUAUCCUAGUAGACAUUGUUUAACAUCCUCCUUAGUUAUUAAUGAACCAGGAAGUACUUUAUCACCCUUAUGUGAUAUGAAUAUAAUAUCCCACUUUAUUUCAAAUGAACAGAAUAUUGAACACUUCUGCUUUUAUUGUCAUUAACAUUUUUAUCAUCUUUACCUAUAAAUGGCCUAUACCAUUCCUAGGAUUUCUUUUGUUCCUUAUGUACUUAAAUUCUUUAAUGUCCUUCAUGCUGCCAGCUAUAUAUAGUUUUUUCCCUGAUCUCUUUAGCUUUCCUUAUCUAUUUUCUAUACGUUAUAACUUCUUAUUUGUAUUGAUUGCUAUCCAUUUCCCCCAUUUAUGUUUCUUUUUUAUUUCUAAUUUCUUCCUUUACUUUACUAUUGAACCAGGAUAUGCUUAAAGCCCAAGUUAUCCUCUUUCCUGGUGUGGAAUCAUGGCUUCUUGGUCAUCCAAUAAACUCUUCUUAAACAACUCCCAAUUUUCAUUCACAUUUUUCUUUCUAUUUUUCCUCCCAAUCAAUUUUGUUCACCAUAUUCCUGAGCUUUGGGAAAUUGGUCCUUUCCAAUCAAUAGAAUCUGCUUUAUAUCAUAUUUGGAGUUAGUGAAAUUCCAAAUAGACUGAAAGUCUACACAUUUUUUAAUGUAUUUCAAAUUUCCUGUAGUAAUUAUCUUAGUGUUGCAUAACAGUUAACAAUUUUCAAAGUAUUGCACAAACUAAUUCUGACUCUGCCACUGGUGAAGGGUUUAAAAAAACAAAAACAAAAACAAAACAAAACUUCCUUAUUAGAGUGCCCCAUGAUUUAGUUCUUGUAUUGGAGAUCUUUCUCCUGGAUAAUUUGGUUUAUUUCUUGAUAUCUCAUAGCUCUGAUAAUGCUGCUUCAGACUGUCAGACAGUUACUCCCUCCACCCCCAAAAGGUUUAAAAUGAACUGGCUAAGAUAAAAUUACACUGCUGCCUGCUGACAGCCAUUGAUAACACAGUCCAAACACUGCUAAUCCUCCUCCUCCCAAGGUACUGGAGAUUUUUUGGCUUGUUGCAUGCUACUUUACUUUAAUUUUGUAAUACCAAAGAGGUGGUUGGGAAGGAGGGUGUAUAUUGGUCCAUAUAUCUGAACACCAGCUUCAGUUAAGCAUAAUGAAAACCUCCUCUUAUGAACAAACACACCCACACACACCAUUCUCCUUUUAGAAAUGAGGGCUGGCCGGUUGUCAGCUCAGUCUCUCCAUAGGUUAAUAAUAAAACAAACUGAAAGCUUGGAAAUUAGUGGCACGUUGCUCUGAAGGUGCAAAAGGUGUUGGGGGAGAGGGGAGAUUAGAGGCUGAGAGAACAUAGGUUUGAAUGGUAGGAGAGCAUGGAGCAAGAUUCAGAGAUCACAAAAACUGCCAGUUUGGGUGUAACUAACAUGUAAGUAUGCUGCAAGUCCAGGGCAGGAAUCUGACCAGUCUUCUAGUUGUUAAGAAAAAUAAUCAAGUAAGUCUGCAUAAAAUUGACUGACUUUGGAAGGGAUUUAAUGAAACAAAUGUAAUGUGUGUCUGAUCUGUGCUCAUAUUCUGGUUCUAACCCUCCAUAGCAUCUGCCUGAUUGUCUCUCCCUCCAUCCCCUAAAAGCAUCACCAUCCCACCCCUCUAUAUUUACCCUUCUCAGUGAGAACUUUCCAAGAAUGGAAGUAGUAAGAUAAAACGCCUGUGGGGCUAAAAUUAGUCCAAGCACCCUGGCCUUUAUCCCUGCUAGUGGCAUUUCAGCUGUGUGCGUGACCACCUGCGUUGCUCCAGUUCUACAGAGCUGGUGCCCCAUUCCUAAGUGAGGUUUCUCCUCCUGGGAAGAUCUUGUCUCUCUCUUUUUUUAAAAGGUAAAAGAGAAUUAGCACUGGACAAGCUGCCUGCUUCACAGCACUAGGUGAGCAUCAGCUACCUCACAGAGAACUCCAUGCUUUACACAGCUCAUGAUGAGAGUUGUACUUAAGAGACAAACCAAAAAUGAAUCUAGUGGAUAUAACCAAAAUCUUCUCCAUGCUCCAGCCCAGAGAAAAUGAAGAUGAUAAUGGAGAAAGACAAGAGCUGAACCAAGCAGCAUCCCAGGAUGAUUAUCAAACUCUUGAUGAACUCUUGUGCCAAGACAGAUAUAAAACAUUUAUUAACUGCAGAAGUGGCUGGGGGGUACCUGGGACCCCACUUCGCCUAGCAGCUUCAAAGGGCCAUCUGAGAAGUUUAGAAGUUCUCUUGACUCAUGGAGCAGAAGUGGACAGCCUAGAUGUGAAGGCGCAAACUCCGCUAUUCACUGCUGUUAGUAAUGGCCACCUAGAUUGUGUUAAAGUACUAUUGGAGGCAGGGGCCAGUCCUUCCGGCAGCAUCUACAAUAACUGUUCUCCACUGCUCACGGCCUCUAGAGAUGGAGAUGUCAGCAUUCUGCAAGAACUCUUAGACUAUGGGGCGGAAGUCAAUGUUAAAGCAAGAGUCCCAGAAUGGGCUGCCAACUCUGCAGCUUGUUCUGGCCCUUUAUAUCUCUCAGCAGUCUAUGGACAUCUGGAGUGUUUUAAAAUGCUGCUGCUUUAUGGAGCAGAUCCCAAUUACAACUGCACUGAUACGAAAAUGAUCGCACGAAUCAAGCAGCCCAAGACUGUGCUUGAAAUCUGCCUGAGACAUGGUUGUGGGAGUGAAUUCAUAAAACUGCUCAUUGAUUUUGGAGCCAAUGUGUACUUACCAAACAUUGCAGGAGAUAAGAUUUCACCGAAUAGUGAGGCUUUGGCGCUGCUGAUCAGGGAAAGAGCUCAUCCAAAAUCCUUGAUGUGUCAGUCUAGGCUGGCUGUCAGAAAGCUUCUGAAACUGACCAACAGCGCAUGUGCCAUAGAUCAACUGGGGAUCCCACCUGUGCUAGUGAACUACCUCAAACAUCACUCUUAAGGGAAGAUCAGAGCAAGUUUUGAAGACAAAGUUCUAUGUAAUGUGUUGACUACCUUGAUAAAAAACCAUUGUGGAGUAGCAAUUAUGCAGUACAUGGUAGUCAUGAUUCAGUCAUCAUUACUUGCUGUGUGUGUGUUUGCUUAAAUUACAUAUCCAAAAGGCAGCUUGGCCUUUAUUGAAACAAACCAAACCAAACUGGUAAAAGGUGAUAACAGUAAAUGAAGAUGGAAAAGAACUUGCCUCUAGCAGUGCAUUUAAUGGACCGGAGAAUGUUAUAAAAAACUGAAACCAGAUUUUUUUCUAUCAUUUUGGUUUUAUAUCCUCAUAACUUAAUCCUCUUACACCUUCUUAUUUGUUACAAUCAAAUCGAAAAAUGUCUGUAUGGCUAUGCCAGAACCUGAAAGACAAGGCUGGUUUUCCCUCUUACUUUUAUGGGGGAGAGGACAGGAGGUACAAUAGGGUAAAGAGUGUUGGUCUAUGCUCUGUGUUGUGGCUUUAGUUGCACGUAGUUAUCUGUCUUGUUUUUUAAAAAGCACCUCUUUCCUGGAAAGCUAUAAAAGUGCACCUCAGCCUUUCUGAGCUGGGACUAAGAGCUGCAGCUAGACUUGUGAUUUACAUCAGAAUUGUGUGUGGGUGAAUUUAGAGCUAGUGAAGUUUGUCAGAUCUGAAGAUUGGAGCCCUCGGAGCACCCUGCAAAGAGUGCUGUGGCAAGGUGGAUGGAGAACAGCAGUGCAAACUAACAUACCUUACUCUUAGUAAUUCCCAUGGGGGUCAGAAGGUGGCCAUUCAAUCUUUGGCCUCUGCUGAGACUGAUAAACAGGGGGCUCAUCAGUACUGAUAUGGACAACUAUCUCACUAGCUAGGGCUGUGAUUGUGUUGUCUUCUGAAUCUUGUAAAGCUCUGAGAAAAUGCUUAGUAAUAUAGACAGUAAUCAUUGUCCAUAGAUCAGCCAUCAAUUGGUAAUAACUUCCAAUCCUGGGCUGGAUUUGAAAUGGUGACCUAGAGGCAAAAGGCUCUGUUUCAUAUGCAGUCUCCUGAGCCCUCUUCCCCUCCCACGUGUAAUUUUCUAAAGACUCAAACAAAUUGUUCAAUCUUCUCCUUAAAGAUGGCUCAAGGCAGGAUUAAGGGGAGAGAAUUUUCGUCCAAUCUGUUGCGUGCAUAU